GUAGGUUCGGUUUGUUGUGGACCAAAGACAUGAGAAGCUCCAAGUCAAGUUCGGGGAACGAGUUCAGAGAUAAAGGCAAAUGUUCUCUCGGUCAAACGUUCCGACAUUCAGCCGAGUCGCCCCUUGGCUCACGACGGAAGAGACGGAGUGGCAGCCACACGUUCAGAGAUUGCCAUCGGAAUCGCCAGAGGAGGCGUAGCCUUCUCGUCGACCUUCAGAUUGCCGCCCAUGCCAUGACAGAGCCUCCCGUGAUGCAACUUCUCAACCAUCGUCCAUCUUCCCGCACACCCACAAACGCUGCCCGUCUCUGUUGCUGCCAUGGGAAGGAUGCAAGCAGAAAACGUCUUCGCCCACCCAUACCAACUGAUCCGCUCACUCUCAUCACCACGCCGCUCGCUCGCUCACUCGCUCGCUCACGAUCUGCCAACCCGCUCCGCCAACCAUGA